AACACAUUCCUAGAUUUUUCCUGUCUAUUUUGAUGCCUCAAUUUACCGCUCGCAAAAGCCGCAGUAUAACACACGUACCAACCGGAAAACCAUAGCCACGCCAUCCACCACUGAAGCUAGCGCGUGCUGUUACUCUUAAACACAGCGCGUAAAGAAUUCUCUAAUUUCCGGUGCUCUGCUAUGGCGUUUCAAAUAUGUGGAAUUUCUUUCUCCCUUAUUUCUUUUUUUAAGAACAAAAAAUACAGAUAUACGCGCACCCACGUAUAUUAUACACAUAUGAGAUGGUUGAUCGGAGAAUAGGAAAACAAAUUUGCUAGGAUUUUAAACCCUAACCUUUUUCCAAUUUUCGUUUCUAUUUCUCGAUCCAUGUUCGGACAGAGAUAUUUUUGCUAAAUUAGGCGGUAGAGGAAGCGAAGGGUGCAACAUUUCUAGACGGAUUUCGAAUCGGGGCAAACGAGUGCUUAAUUUCUGUUUUUUAGCAUUGGAUUUUGGUGGAUUAGGGCAUGGAUUUUGAUUGAGCUGGAUCAAUCAACUGGAUUUUAGCUCGAAUGUUGGAUUGACUUGGGUUGCAGCGAGGUGGAGAAAUUUGUACGAUUUAGAGAGCGGUGUUUGCUUUUGGGGGGAAGUUAGAUUUCAUUAGGAGCUGCAGAAUGAGCUCACAAGAUGAAGAUAGAAGGUCCUUGGACAAGGAUUCUGAAACUAAUGACCAUAUUUCAACGAAGCCGAAAAUAUCUUAUUCAAGAGAGUUUCUACUGUCGAUAAGCAAUUCGGAUAUCUGCAAGAAGUUGCCUAGCGGGUUUGAGGAAUCACUGUCAAGUGAAUUGGAAGAAGGACUGCUGAGAUUGCCGGAUCAAACAAGAAUUCCUGGGGGCUUGCCGUACCAAGGUUUUAGAAGAAAUGAGUAUUCCUCAUCACCUCCUACUCGGGGGGAUUCUGGUACCUACUCUAGAGGCAUUUAUGGGAAAUGGGAUACCCGUUCUUCUGCCCGGAGUGAUCGAGACAGUGAUUCUCAGUCCGACAAGGACUCAGAUUCUGGAAGGCGUUUCGGAAAUCAAUCUCGACGUUCAUGGCAGACCCCUGAGCAUGAUGGGCUUCUUGGGAGUGGUUCAUUUCCAAGACCAUCUGGAUAUGCUUCUGGGAUCUCUGUUGCUAAGGUGCGACCAAAUGAGCAAAAUCAACUAAGCAGAAGCAAUGAACCAUAUCAUCCUCCACGUCCUUACAAGGCAGUACCUCAUUCAAGAAAGGAUACCGACGCCUUCAAUGAUGAGACUUUUGGCUCAAUCGAGUCUACUAAUGAAGAUCGAGCAGAGCAGGAGAGAAGGAGAAGAGCCUCUUUUGAGAUGAUGAGAAAGGAACAGCACAAGGUUCUACAGGAGAAACAAAAUUCUAAUUCAGGGAAAAGCAAAGUUGGUGAUGUCUUGAGCCUAUGUGAAGGCUUGGUAGAUAGCAAAGAGGAAAAGGGGAUUUUUGUCAGGACUAAUGAAUUACAGGUUUCUGCUGCAAUUCCUGCCUUAAGCAAUGACUUAGAAAAACCAUCUUUAUCCUCACUAGCUCCUGCUCCAAGACCGCUUGUUCCACCAGGUUUUAAAACCAAUCCCCUAGAAAAAAGCUCGGGCUUGAAAUCGUUGAUUCUACCUUCUCUGUCAGAGGUGGUGAAACCUGUAACAAAUGAGAGCACCACACAUGCUGACCCCAUCCUCACUCAAAAUGCUAAUCAUGGUUUAGAGAGUCUGCUCUCUGAAGGAAUCAGUCUACUUGGCAGGCAGCCCACAGAGAAGACACAGCACACACUCCUGACGACUAAGGGGGAACAUGUUAACAUACAUGUUAGUUUAGAUGGGCCUAAGCAAUCUAUCAUAGAAGAUCAAUUAUUCCACAUUUCCAGUCCCUUACAGACUCAUGGAACACUGGAUGGUCCCGAUUUUAGAUUGGAGGAUAAAACUGUUGGUGGUUCUAGCAGAAGUCAUCCAGAAUCAAUAUUAGAAAAGAUUUUUGGUAGCACAUUAUCUUUGAAAAAUGAUGGCCACCCCAAUUCAGUUGAGCUUCACAAUAAUAAACCUGAUGAUACAUGGAGCCCAAAGUGCGCCCACUCGUCAAAGUUUGCUCAAUGGUUUUCUGAGGAAGAAGCAAAGGCUGCUGCUGAUGUCCCAUCUGCAGGGCAAAACAAUUUGCUGUCAUUAAUAGUCGGCAGUGACAAAGCCGCAGCUAAUGGGAUAUCUGAUCAAGCUUGUAGUAACAACAAAGAGGAUGCUGUUCCAGCUGUUCUUACAUGUGAAGACCUUGAACAGUCUAUCUUGUCAGAGUAUGGUGCAAAGCCUACCAAAAUGCAGCCACAUGAGAAAAGCUGGACUGCUACUGAAGGACUUAUUGCACAAUCAAGUGGACAUGCUGAUAAUCAUGCAUCUCUGCACCUGCUCUCAAUGUUGCAAAAGAGUUCAGACCAGACUAAUACGAUGGUAACCCCCGUUAAUAUCAAUUUGGCCGAUAACCAAGUACUUUCUCAGGAACAUGAUAGGACCACAGUGGUGAAUAAACCUAAAGAGGAAGAAAAUGGUAAUUUGGGGAAGACACUCACUCUGGAAGCUCUCUUUGGAACUGCUUUCAUGAAAGAGCUAGAGUCGGUUGGAGCCCCUGUUUCUGCGCAAAGAGGUUCUACUGGCGCUGCUCAAGUUGAUACCCCAGAGCCUCAUGCGUUUCCUUUCCCAGCCGGUGACAAUGAUAUUUCUUCAUCAACAGUUGAAAAUUCAGGACUUCAGAGACCAAAUCAUGACUAUAAUGUCUCUUCAAACCAUAGACAGAUUGCGAAAUUGGGUGGGGCUGAUAACUGGCUUGGCAUCGGUGAUUCUUCAGUUGGAAUCUCUUCACCGAAGCGGCAAACUGAAUCAUUCAAUAAACUUGGUGGAUUUGAAAGGAAUGCUGGGUAUCAAUUGCCUGAAGAAGAAAACUUGAUUUCUGCAGGUGAUACUCGCGAUCCCAGGUUGCUCCCAACAUUGCCAGGCGGUAAUUUAAUUAACAGUGUAAAUAGCUCUUCAAGUAUGCCUAUCAACAUAGCCGAGAAACUGGCAGUUUUUGGUGGUAUUACUAAAGAUAAGCAUAGCAUGGGAGGUUCAGAAGGCAUGCCCUUUCCACACGACUUGUUUGAACAGAGGGGACCUGAUAUUUCCUAUUCUAAUCUCCAGUUGCAGCAGCAAUCAUCUCAACAUUUUCAGCCUCCACAAAUUGCCCAAGGAAGGUCAAUGUAUAACCACUUGGAAUCACAUCCUGCUCACAUGAGCUCCCACCUGAAGUUCAUGAGUCCAGAGUGCGCUUUUGGUCACAAUUCUCCGGUCAAUCACCAACUCUCUUCGCCUAUGAUACGACCGUCUUUCCAUCACAGCCCCAAUGUUAGGGUUUCUGGAUUUGACGCUCCUCCUCCGCAGCGCCCAAUGUUGCAUCAGAUGCAAAUGUCAGGCAACCAUCCUCAGUUUGCGAGGGGUGGUCCAGUCCCCCAUCAUGGCAACCAACCAACCGGUUUUGUCCAGGAAAUGAAUCAAAUGCAAGGUCAUCCUUUUGGGCCCUGCUUACCAAACAUGGGAGGCAGUGGAUUGCCGAUGCCAGGUGGCACCCCUCCGGAUGCUUUCCAGAGGCUGGUUGAAAUGGAGCUCCGAGCAAAUUCAAAAGCAGAUUCACCAUUUUGGCCAUCCUAGUCACAACCAAGGAAUAUAGAGUCAUGAGCUAGACCUGGAGUCCAGAUACCGAUAGUCAGGUGCAGUUACACGUGGAAGAAAAUGCUGUCUCGUUUCUGUGAAAAGAUCAAGCAUACCUCCCAGUGACUUGGUCUUGGGAAUGUAGAGCUUUGCUUCACUGUAAUUUCAGGAUCUCAAUUAGAUUGUGGGAGAACCAUCAUGUAAAUGGCUUGUUUCCUGACUCGGCUAUGGAUACAUGCAUGCUCGUUUCAACA